CCAUUUUGGCUCGAGUCCUUUUCGGCUCAGGCCGUUCAGCGCCGACCACUCCUCGCGGCACCGCCCUCACGCAUCCCGCGAGGCCCAGCGAUGGCCCGCUCCGCGUCCCUGCUGCUCACCUGCGCCGCCGCGGCUGCCGCCGCGCUGCUGGUGAGCUCACUCGCGCUGUCCUUCGUCGGCGCCUCCCCGGCGGGGCUCCGCGCGGGCCAGCGCGCCCCCUCGGUCGAGAUGCAGUUCUUCGGCGGGGCGCCGGUGACGACCACCCCUCCGCCGCCCGCGGGAUUGAGCCUGGGAGACGUGGGCGGGAACAACUACGUGAUCUCGAUGACCAUCCUCUUCUUCGGGUCGGUGCUCGCGAACGCCAACGGGUUUUUCGCGCCCUGGUGA